GAUUUCCACCACUAUUACUACUAUCACUAUCGAGCUGAAAAUGGCUGAAAACAUUGGCCAUUGGUAUAAUACAUAAUCCGUUGAGGGGGUGACUCGGAGGAAUUUAUUGGGCAUAGUUUGGAUCGCAUUCCCGCAUGCGGCCGCGGCGUACCGAUACUAAAGACGGUAUAUCACUGAUACAUAGAAGAUGCUCCGAAGGUUCUGCACAUCCAAAGUAAAUCACAGCUGCCACAAGCAGAAAAACACCCCCAGAUAUUAUCCCGCGCUUCUACUUGGAUCAAAAUGUUUCUGCAUGCAAGGGUGAAGGAUAGAACGGCGAAGAAGGUUUUGGCAGAUUUUGACACCGCAGGGCGACGUGAAUAAUUUUUAAAAUGAAAGAACCCUGAACGACUUCCUGCAAUCGCAGGAAAUUCAACGCCGCGCCGCCCGAGAAAAUUGCGGGCACCAGGACGUGACUCGACCUACCGUGCAGAUUUAAAAUGGCAAGCCCGACAGCGACGGAGGCCACAUCCGAUUCCAUCUGGACAACUGCAACGUACAGUACGAAUAAUUUCAUCCCAACCAGCGCCAAAAAUCCCGCCAUUUCAUACACGCCUCUUUGGACGGAUUUGCUGCAGGCUGCUGUAUUCUCCGUGCUCAUUUUUGUCACCAUUGUGGGAAACACUCUGGUUAUUGCUGCCGUGAUUACGACGAGACGUCUUAGGUCGGUUACAAAUUGUUUCGUAUCCAGCUUGGCAGCUGCAGACCUCUUAGUUGGAUUAGCAGUGAUGCCGCCGGCUGUAUUGCUGCAGCUCAACGGAGGAUACUGGGAAUUGGGAGAAAUCCUCUGCUAUUCAUGGGUCUCGCUGGACGUCCUUCUGUGCACCGCGAGCAUUCUUUCCCUGUGCGCCAUAUCGAUCGACCGGUACCUGGCAGUAACACAGCCGCUGGUAUACAGCAGGCGUCGAAGAAGCAAACGUCUCGCCGGCUCGAUGAUCAUCGUCGUCUGGUUAAUUGCCGGCGCUAUAGCAAGCCUUCCGAUGCUUGGAUGCUUCCCCAACUCCCACAGUAUGGAUGAAAAAAUAUGCUCCUACAACACGGACACCUCUUACGUUAUAUUCUCCGCAAUGGGUUCCUUCUUUCUUCCGAUGCUAGUCAUGCUCUACGUUUACGCCAGGAUAUCCUGCGUCAUUGCCAGACGCCACAGACACCUCGAAACUACCAGCUCGGAACCCUUAAAUCGACGAACUGCUAAUCAGAAAGAGCGUUCGCGGAGUGUGAAAUCGAAGAGAUCGGACUGCUCUACGCCCCUCGAGAGUGGUGGCAUCCCUUUUGAUCAGAUAGCCGACGAAGGAGAGGCUGAGCAGCACUCCGGGAAAAGGAUGACCUUCAGGACCCAUCAGCAGAGCUGCAUCAACAGGGUGGCAAGAGAGACGAAAACUGCCGGGACAUUGGCGGUUGUUGUGGGUGGUUUUGUCGCCUGCUGGCUUCCAUUUUUCAUUCUCUACCUUGCUACCCCAUUCAUGCCCACUAAUCCACCCAGCACCCUUAUGCCGGCGCUUACAUGGUUAGGUUGGAUCAACUCAGCGAUAAAUCCAUUCAUCUACGCCUUCUACUCGGCCGACUUUAGACUGGCAUUCUGGCGUUUGACUUGCCAGAAGUUGUGCAGAGGAAGAGCCGGACCAAUGGUUCAACGCGUUGUAAAACCACCACCUGGUUUUACGAGGAACGAAGCUUCGAGAACAUAAAGUCGACGAUGCGUGACGCGGACAAAGUGCAGGACAGGUCAAUCUGGUUUGGGGUGAAAUUAAUAGUGUGACCUGAUAUAUGGGUGUGCGGUUUGUGCGCGAUGGGAAUAGUGAAGGUGCCGCACAGUAGGUACCUACUGUCAUCAAUUACUUUGACGUUCACGCGCUCUCUCAUCGAUAAAAGAAAAGUAAAAGUGGAACAUCGAUGUGUGUACAUCCGUGCGGUUUGAGAAAUCGCAGGACGUAGAUGAUCCAUAAAACGUCCGUAAGAAGUAUUGAAAAAUGUUCCCUCGUGUCGAAAGGGCGUCAACGACAUUAAUUUUCAUCGUGACGGUGCGAAAAGUCUCCUGCACACCCUGAAAUGAAAAAAUAAUUUGAAAAGUAUUACCCCUGGUCUGUAACAGCAGCUUCCAAAGGAUUCAAAACUUUGAUUCAUGAUCAGUAAGGAAAUGAAACGCG